AUGCUUCCAAAUCCAGUCCUCCCGAAAACAAAGCCUUCCACACGAGUGCAGCUUCCGGCGGGAGCUUCUGAAAAAGCGGCAGAGCCUCGCGGAGGACGUCGACGACAAGAAAUUCUUCAAAUCCCUCCGAGAUUGAAGAGAAGCGCCUCCAGCGCCUCCGCGAUGAUGAGAAAUGUGAGGCCAAGGCCAAACCCCUCCGUCGCUAGAAGAAAUCCCAUCGCGAUCAGCAUCAGAACGACCAUGUCUCGUCCUUUUCCAUCCCUAGGUCUAAGUCACAAAUCUCCAAAUCAAAGCCCAAACCCUCCUCCAAAUCCCUCGCCGAGGAGCAAAACAUCGGCGACCUCAACCUCCUCUGGCGAAAGUCUCAAAGUAAACGUUGUCCAACACUUGGAAGCAUGGAUAAACUUGGCUUACGGAGAUAGGACGGAUAAGGAUGCUUUUUGUACAUGUAACAUCUUAAUUGGGCCCGUCUUUUUGGACACUCCAACAAAGACCACAAAGGAUAUGAAGCUGGCGUUGCACGACGAAGACGAGUGA